GGGACUGGGGGGACCUUAGAGGCCUGGGACGUUGGCCUCCUGAGGGUAGCCGGGGAGAAGGCGGCGCGCAGCAGAGUGGAGGGAAGGCGCCCGGAGCCGGAGCAGGCGCGGGAGCUGUGGGCCCGCCCCCAGAAAACCCUUUUUUGAGAGCAUCUCCUGGCACCAUCGGAAAUGUCUUCCAUAAGUGGGAAAGUCCAAACUGUUUUGGGUCCUGUGGAGCCCAGCCAACUGGGCCGCACGCUGACCCAUGAACAUCUGACAAUGACCUUUGACUGUUCUUACUACCCACCUCCUCCAAGCCACGAAGUGAUCUCCAAGGAACCCAUCCGAAUGAAGAAUUUAUUCUGGAUCCAGAAAUACCCUUAUUCCCAUAAAGAGAAUCUGCAGUUGAAUCAGGAGACAGAAGACAUCAAGGAAGAACUGUUGGAUUUUAAAGCCAAUGGCGGGGGGGCUUUGGUGGAAAAUACAACCACCGGGAUCAGCCGAGACGUGCAGACGUUGAAGCGGCUUGCGGAAGAGACAGGAGUGCAAAUCAUAUCCGGAGCUGGGUUUUACGUGGAUGCAACUCACUCUUCGGAGACCAGAGCCAUGUCAGUGGAGCAGCUGACUAAUGUCCUCGUUAAUGAAAUUCUCCAUGGAGCUGAUGGAACCAGUAUCAAGUGUGGCGUUAUUGGAGAAAUCGGUUGCUCCUGGCCUCUGACUGAGAGUGAAAGAAAGGUUCUACAGGCAACAGCUCAUGCCCAGGUUCAGCUUGGCUGUCCUGUGAUUAUUCAUCCAGGAAGAAAUCCAAGUGCCCCAUUUCAGAUUAUCCGAGUGUUGCAAGAAGCGGGCGCGGACAUCUCCAAAACAGUCAUGUCGCACCUUGACAGGACUAUUCUUGAUAAGAAGGAACUACUGGAGUUUGCUCAAUUUGGCUGUUACUUGGAAUAUGAUCUCUUUGGUACUGAACUUUUUCAUUAUCCGUUCAACCCGGAUAUUGACAUGCCCAAUGAUAAUAAAAGAAUUAAGAGGGUGCGUCUUCUGGUGGCCGAGGGCUAUGAAGAUCGGAUUCUGAUGGCACAGGACAUACAUACGAAACACCGGCUGACAAAAUAUGGAGGUCAUGGCUACUCACAUAUACUCACCAACAUUGUUCCUAAAAUGUUGCUUAGAGGUAUAACUCAGGACACACUUGAUAAGAUACUGAUAGAGAACCCUAAGCAGUGGCUAACUUUCAAAUAGAACGGUUGUUAGAAAUUCACACCUUGAGGAGAAAGCUUGCAGGGCAACGUACUUACGUACAGAGAUUGCAAACCCGCUGUAAGAUGUUCAUCAGAGCUACAUACAACUAAUGACAGAGCACUUCCUUUUGAUGAGAAUUAGAAGAGUUUUGCAUUAGAAGAGUUACGCCUUCUCAGAAACUGGCUGACUAUUACAUCUUUGGUAGGCUCCUGAGCCUAAUAGAACCCUAUUGUUUUUCCUUUACAAAAUAAAUACAAAACUACCCGUUGCCAAACAAUGAUUUACAGCCUAUAUCCCCUUAGUGGAGUUUGGCUUUCCUUUUGUUUUCUUAAUCUAUCAAGAGCACUACUUGAGAAAAUUUAAAGUGUUUCUAGUUAAAUUACCCCCUUCUGGAGCAAUCUAAUGUUUCUUGUAAUAUUGAUGAUUCUACUAAUUAUCCUGCUGUUCUUUAAUUAAUGCUUAAUGAGUAAUAUGGCACUUUAAAAUAGCUUCUGCAACAAGGGAAGUUAAAUUUUGAGACUUUUUUUUCAAAGGAUACUGAAUACACUUACUGAUUCACAAUGGUAACAAUCUUGUGGAAGGUUAAUCAUACGCUGUUCGUCUAUCUAUGGAGAUUUAUAAUAAAUCAGUUUUGUUGCCUGUGGCUUUUCGGUAUCCAGUUUUCCUAUAAAUUUUAUUGUGUUUUGAAAUAUUUGUAUAAGGGAAUAUGAACACAUAUCAUAGUACUCAAUUAUAAAAAUUCAAUCAUAAAAGUCAAAAUAUAUUACAUAAUAUAGUUUAAUGAAUCAUUACAUUUAUAAUAACAAAGGCCACAAUUUCAUUAAUUAAUAAUAUAUAAUGCAAAAAAAAGAGAACUGUUUGCCUUAUUUAUAUAGAGUCUCUUUACCUUUUAUCUGUCUUUCCUUGGACUCAAACGGAGAAAACAAUGCUUAUUUAUCUGAAGAAAAGGUCAGAUCUAUUAGCAAUGACAGUCUGAUUCGAGAGCCGACUCUUUAAAAGGUACCCAGCCCUGAUGUUUCGUGUAAAUAAAACCUUUUUUAAAACUCUGA